AUGGUGAAGAGGAAAAGCUCCGAAGGCCAGGAGCAGGACAGCGUCCGAGGCAUCCCCCUCCCCAUCCAGACCUUUCUAUGGAGGCAAACCAGUGCUUUUUUGAGGCCCAAACUGGGAAAGCAAUAUGAAGCCUCCUGUGUGUCCUUUGAACGAGUUCUGGUCGAAAACAAGCUCCAUGGCCUCUCUCCAGCCCUUUCUGAAGCCAUCCAGAGUAUUUCCCGAUGGGAGUUGGUCCAGGCUGCACUGCCUCAUGUUCUGCACUGCACUGCAACACUGCUCUCCAACAGGAAUAAACUGGGUCAUCAGGAUAAACUAGGUGUUGCAGAAACCAAGCUCCUUCACACCCUGCACUGGAUGCUGCUUGAGGCCCCCCAGGAUUGCAACAGUGAUCGAUUUGGAGCAGGUGACAGAGGCUCCAGCUGGGGUGGUGGCAGCAGUGCCUUCAUCCAUCAAGUUGAAAACCAGGGAUCACCAGUGCACCCUCGGCGAAGCAGCUCCCAUGAAGAAGAAGAGAAUAGCCAUAGGAAAUUCUUCCAGAACUCCAUGGCUACAGUAGAACUCUUUGUGUUCCUAUUUGCUCCUCUGGUUCACCGGAUCAAGGAAUCUGACCUGACUUUCCGGUUGGCCAGUGGUCUUGUUAUUUGGCAGCCAAUGUGGGAGCACAGACAGCCUGAGGUCUCUGCCUUUACAGCUCUGGUGAAACCUAUCCGGAACAUCAUUACAGCCAAGAGAAGUUCUCCAAUCAACAAUCAGAGUCAGGCCUGUGAGUCACCAAAUCAGGGCACAGGUCACUCAGAGGGUCUGCAGGUAGUGGGUGAAUCAUUCCAGUCAGAUUCCGUCUCACCCAGGGCCACCAUUUCUGGCUGCCAUCGGGGAAAUUCCUUUGAUGGAAGUGUAUCCUCACAAGCAUCCCUAGACAGAGGCCCUGCACAUUCAAGAGCUUCUCUGGUGAUACCUCCUUGCCAAAGGUCCCGCUACGCCACCUACUUUGAUGUCGCAGUACUGCGCUGCCUGCUCCAGCCCCAUUGGUCAGAGGAAGGCACUCAAUGGUCCCUGAUGUAUUAUCUGCAGAGAUUAAGGCACAUGUUAGAAGAGAAGCCAGAAAAGUCUCCAGAACCAGAGAUUCUGCACCUACCCAGACCUCGCAGCAGUUCCAUGGUGGCAGCAACUCCCUCACUAGUGAACACUCAUAAGACCCAGGAUCUCACCAUGAAAUGUAAUGAGGAGGAAAAAUCUCUGAGUACAGAGGCCUUUUCCAAAAUGUCCUUGACCAACUUACGCAGAUCUGCAGUUCCAGAUCUCUCUUCAGACUUGGGCAUGAAUAUUUUUAAGAAGUUUAAAAGUCGCAAGGAAGAUCGAGAACGAGAACGCAAAGGUUCUAUCCCAUUUCACCACACAGGCAAGAGAAGACAGCGUCGAAUGGGGGUGCCUUUCCUGCUCCAUGAAGAUCACCUGGAUGUGUCCCCCACACGCAGCACCUUCUCAUUUGGGAGCUUCUCUGGGCUUGGAGAAGACAGACGUAGCAUUGAGAAAGGAGGCUGGCAAACUACCAUAUUAGGCAAGUUCACCAGACGGGGCAGUUCUGACGCAGCCACUGAAAUGGAGACUCUGAGCGCCAGGCACUCCCACUCUCGUCACACUCUGGUCAGUGACUUACCAGAUCACUCAAACAGCCAUGGAGAAAAUACCGUCAAAGAAGUACGAUCUCAGAUCUCCACCAUCACAGUGGCAACCUUCAACACGACCCUGGCAUCAUUCAAUGUGGGCUAUGCAGACUUUUUCAGUGAGCACAUGAGGAAGUUAUGCAAUCAGGUGCCUAUCCCAGAGAUGCCCCAUGAACCUCUGGCAUGUGCCAAUCUGCCCCGAAGCUUAACCGACUCCUGUAUCAAUUACAGCUAUUUAGAGGAUACUGAACAUAUUGACGGAACCAACAAUUUUGUCCACAAGAAUGGCAUGCUGGAUCUUUCGGUGAUUCUGAAGGCUGUUUAUCUUGUCCUAAACCAUGACAUCAGCUCUCGCAUCUGUGAUGUGGCACUGAACAUUGUUGAGUGCUUGCUUCAGCUUGGUGUGGUCCCCUGUGUAGAAAAGAACAGAAAGAAAAGUGAGAACAAGGAAAAUGAGACUUCAGAAAAGAGGCCAAGUGAAGGAACCUUUCAGCUCAAAGGACCUUCUGGAAGCACAACCUGUGGAUUUGGGGGUCCCUUGGUUAGUGGAACUGGAGAUGGAGGUGGAGAAGAAGGCGGAGGUGGUGAUGGAGGAGUUGCUGGAGGUGAUGGAGGAGGAGGAAGCGGAGGUGGUGGAGGAGGAGGAGGAGGAGGUGGUGGUGGAGGAGGUGGAGGUGGCCCUUACGAAAAAAAUGAUAAGAACCGAGAGAAGGAUGAAAGCACACCUGUAAGCACCCAUAGGCUUGCUCUAACCAUGCUCAUCAAAAUUGUAAAAUCUUUGGGUUGUGCCUAUGGCUGUGGAGAAGGACACCGAGGGCUCUCUGGCGAUCGUCUGAGACACCAGGUAUUCCGAGAGAAUGCCCAGAACUGCCUCACUAAGCUUUACAAGCUAGAUAAAAUGCAGUUUCGACAAACUAUGAGGGACUAUGUGAACAAGGAUUCCCUCAAUAACGUAGUGGAUUUCUUGCAUGCUUUGCUAGGAUUCUGUAUGGAACCAGUCACUGACAAUAAGGCUGGGUUUGGGAACAACUUCACCACAGUGGACAACAAAUCCACAGCCCAGAAUGUGGAAGGCAUUAUUGUCAGUGCUAUGUUUAAAUCCCUCAUCACCCGCUGUGCAUCUACUACGCAUGAACUACACAGCCCUGAAAACCUGGGGCUCUACUGUGACAUUCGGCAGCUGGUUCAAUUCAUCAAAGAAGCUCACGGAAAUGUUUUCAGGAGGGUUGCCCUGAGUGCCUUGCUAGACAGUGCAGAAAAGCUAGCCCCAGGAAAAAGAUCAGACGAGGCAGAGCAGGACUCGAAACCCUCAGGGAGCAAAAGGUCAGAGGCUGGACUUGACAAAGGCCAGGUAUCAUCAGCACCUGAUGAAUGUCGCAGCUACAUGUCUGGCCGUCCCUUGCAAACUCCAGAGCAUGAUGAACAGAUGCAAGGGGCAAACCUAGGACGCAAAGAUUUCUGGCGCAAGAUGUUCAAAUCUCAGAGUGCGGCAAGUGACACCAGCAGCCAGUCGGAACAGGACACCUCAGAAUGUACCACUGCUCACUCGGGGACAACCACUGAUAGGCGCUCACGCUCCCGGUCCCGGCGGAUUUCACUCCGAAAGAAACUAAAACUCCCCAUAGGUAAAAGAAACUGGCUAAAGAGAUCAUCUCUCUCGGGCCUAGCAGAUGGCGUGGAAGAUCUCUUGGACAUUAGUUCAGUAGACCGUCUAUCUUUCAUCAGACAAAGCUCGAAGGUUAAGUUCACCAGUGCUGUGAAGCUAUCUGAAGGAGGACCAGGAAGUGGGAUGGAGAAUGGAAGAGACGAUGAAGAGAAUUUCUUCAAACGACUUGGUUGCCACAGUUUUGAUGACCAUCUGACCUCCAACCAGGAGGGGACGAAAUACAAGAAUGUAGUAAAUCUGGGAGCAAUUAGACAAGGCAUGAAGAGAUUUCAGUUUCUGUUAAACUGCUGUGAACCAGGUACUAUUCCUGAUGCCUCCAUCCUGGCAGCUGCCCUAGAUCUGGAAGCUCCAGUGGUGGCCAGGGCAGCGCUAUUCCUGGAGUGUGCUCGCUUUGUUCACCGGUGCAAUCGCGGCAAUUGGCCUGAGUGGAUGAAAGGACACCAUGUCAACAUCACCAAGAAAGGCCUUUCCCGAGGCCGAUCACCAAUCGUGGGCAACAAGAGAAAUCAGAAGUUACAGUGGAAUGCAGCCAAGCUCUUCUACCAAUGGGGAGAUGCAAUUGGAGUCCGACUGAAUGAACUGUGCCAUGGAGAAAGCGAGAGCCCAGCUAAUCUGUUGGGUCUCAUCUAUGAUGAGGAGACCAAGAGGAAACUGAGGAAAGAGGAUGAGGAGGAAGACUUUUUAGAUGACAGCACUGUGAACCCCACCAAAUGUGGCUGCCCCUUUGCCCUCAAGAUGGCGGCCUGCCAACUUCUGCUAGAGAUCACUACCUUCUUAAGGGAGACCUUUUCCUGCUUGCCUCGCCCACGUACUGAACCCCUGGUGGACCUUGAGAGCUGCCGACUUCGGCUAGAUCCUGAGUUAGACCGGCACAGGUAUGAAAGGAAGAUUAGCUUUGCUGGAAUCCUGGACGACAGUGAAGACCUAAAAGACUCCCUCCACAGCAGCAGUCACACCCUCAAGUCUGACACAGGUGUUGAAGAGAAGAAAGAAGGGAGCCCCUGGAGUGCAAGUGAGCCAAGCAUUGAGCCUGAGGGUCUGAGCAACACUGGCACUGAAGAAAACUACCAUAGGAACAUGUCAUGGCUUCAUGUCAUGAUCUUACUGUGCAAUCAGCAAAGUUUCAUCUGCACACACAUUGACUAUUGCCACCCUCACUGCUACCUUCACCACAGUCGUUCCUGUGCUCGCCUGGUGCGGGCCAUCAAAUUGCUAUAUGGGGACACCGUAGAUUCCCUUCGGGAAGACAACACGGUUCAUAAUGUGGCCUUUCGGGGCAAGAAGCAAAAAGAGUGCUCAGAUAAGUCAUGCCUGAGGACACCCUCACUGAAGAAGAGAGUUACAGAAACUAACCUAGAAGGCAAAAAGGACUCUGGGAUGUUAAAAUACAUCAGACAUCAGGUUAUGAGCCUGUCCCCAGCUCCCUUGUCUCUGCUAAUCAAGGCAGCACCAAUUCUGACAGAAGAGAUGUAUGGAGACAUACAGCCUGCAGCCUGGGAGCUACUGCUCAGUAUGGAUGAGCACAUGGCUGGAGCUGCAGCUGCCAUGUUCCUGCUAUGUGCAGUGAAAGUCCCAGAGGCUGUGUCUGACAUGCUGAUGUCAGAAUUCCAUCACCCAGAGACUGUGCAACGGCUCAAUGCCAUCCUCAAGUUCCAUACACUCUGGAGAUUCCGCUACCAGGUGUGGCCUCGAAUGGAGGAAGGAGCUCAGCAGAUUUUUAAGAUUCCUCCUCCUAGUAUAAAUUUCACCCUGCCCUCCCCAGUACUGGGAAUGCCUUCUGUCCCCAUGUUUGACCCCCCAUGGGUACCACAAUGCAGUGGGAGCGUACAAGACCCGAUUAAUGAAGAUCAGUCGAAAUCUUUUUCUGCCCGAGCUGUAUCACGGUCCCAUCAGAGAGCAGAGCACAUUCUCAAGAACUUACAACAAGAGGAAGAGAAGAAACGACUCGGUCGAGAAGCCAGCCUCAUUACUGCCAUUCCCAUCACCCAGGAGGCUUGCUAUGAGCCCACCUGCACCCCCAAUUCAGAGCAGGAAGAAGAAGUAGAAGAAGUCACUAAUCUGGCAUCCCGACGUCUUUCUGUCAGUCCAUCCUGCACGUCAAGUACUUCCCAUAGAAAUUAUUCCUUUCGCCGUGGCUCUGUUUGGUCAGUGCGUUCAGCUGUCAGUGCAGAAGAUGAAGAACAUACUACCGAGCACACUCCAAACCACCAUGUGCCACAACCCCCUCAGGCGGUAUUCCCAGCAUGCAUCUGUGCUGCAGUGCUGCCCAUUGUUCAUUUGAUGGAAGAUGGAGAGGUUCGGGAGGAUGGAGUAGCAGUGAGCGCUGUAGCCCAGCAGGUCCUGUGGAACUGUCUAAUUGAAGAUCCUUCAACAGUCCUUCGACAUUUCCUAGAAAAACUCACCAUAAGCAAUAGACAGGAUGAGUUAAUGUAUAUGUUGAGAAAACUUCUCCUGAAUAUUGGAGACUUUCCGGCUCAAACAUCACAUAUCCUAUUUAACUACCUGGUAGGAUUAAUCAUGUAUUUUGUGCGCACACCCUGUGAAUGGGGAAUGGAUGCCAUUUCAGCCACUCUGACUUUCCUUUGGGAGGUGGUAGGAUAUGUGGAAGGUCUGUUCUUCAAAGACCUCAAACAGACAAUGAAGAAGGAGCAGUGUGAAGUAAAGCUGCUGGUCACAGCCUCCAUGCCAGGUACCAAGACUUUGGUUGUACAUGGGCAGAAUGAAUGCGAUAUCCCAACUCAGUUACCUGUACAUGAAGAUACGCAAUUUGAAGCUCUUUUGAAGGAGUGUCUAGAGUUUUUUAACAUACCAGAAACCCAAUCAACACAUUAUUUUCUCAUGGAUAAACGAUGGAACCUUAUCCACUAUAACAAGACCUAUGUGCGUGACAUUUAUCCUUUCCGGAGGUCUGUAUCGCCUCAACUGAACCUUGUACAUAUGCAUCCGGAAAAAGGCCAAGAGCUCAUUCAAAAACAGGUGUUUACCCGGAAGCUUGAGGAAGUAGGACGUGUCUUGUUUCUCAUAUCCCUCACCCAAAAAAUCCCUAUCGCCCACAAGCAAUCCCAUGUUUCAAUGCUCCAGGAGGAUCUUCUGCGCCUUCCUUCCUUCCCUCGAAGUGCUAUCGAUGCUGAGUUCUCACUCUUCAGUGAUCCUCAAGCUGGAAAGGAGCUAUUUGGUCUUGAUACACUUCAAAAGAGUCUAUGGAUUAAGCUUCUGGAGGAGAUGUUCUUGGGGAUGCCCAGUGAAUUUCCCUGGGGAGAUGAAAUCAUGCUUUUUCUCAAUGUAUUUAAUGGAGCCCUGAUCUUACAUCCAGAAGACAGUGCCUUGCUCCGGCAAUAUGCAGCCACUGUCAUCAACACAGCUGUGCACUUCAACCAUCUUUUCUCUCUCAGCGGAUACCAGUGGAUUCUCCCUACUAUGCUGCAGGUAUAUGCUGAUUAUGAAAGCAACCCACAGCUGCGUCAAGCCAUUGAAUUUGCCUGUCAUCAAUUCUACAUUCUUCAUCGAAAGCCAUUUGUGCUACAAUUGUUUGCUAGUGUGGCACCUCUCUUAGAAUUUCCUGAUGCUGCCAAUAAUGGGCCUAGUAAAGGUGUGUCAGCACAAUGCCUGUUUGACUUGCUGCAGUCUCUGGAGGGAGAAACCACUGAUAUAUUGGACAUCUUGGAACUGGUAAAAGCAGAAAAGCCUCUAAAAUCUUUAGAUUUUUGCUAUGGGAAUGAUGAUCUGACUUUCUCUAUCAGUGAAGCCAUCAAGCUCUGUGUCACUGUGGUGGCUUAUGCUCCAGAAUCAUUCCGAAGCCUUCAGAUGUUGAUGGUCUUAGAAGCCUUAGUUCCAUGUUACCUACAAAAGUUAAAAAGGCAGACGUCCCAAGUGGAAACAGUGCCUGCUGCCCGAGAGGAGAUUGCAGCCACAGCUGCUCUGGCUACGUCCCUGCAGGCCCUCUUGUACAGUGUGGAAGUUCUCACCAGGCCUAUGACAGCCCCUCAGAUGAGCAGGUGUGAUCAAGGCCAUAAAGGGACCACUACUGCUAACCACACUAUGUCAUCUGGAGUGAAUACAAGGUACCAGGAGCAAGGAGCAAAGCUACACUUUAUCAGGGAAAACCUACACUUGUUGGAGGAAGGGCAGGGUCUUCCCCGAGAGGAGCUGGACGAACGAAUUGCUAGGGAGGAGUUCCGGAGACCCAGAGAAUCCCUGCUAAAUAUUUGCACCGAGUUCUAUAAACACUGUGGACCAAGACUAAAGAUCUUACAGAACCUGGCAGGCGAACCUCGGGUCACUGCCUUGGAGCUGCUAGACGUUAAAUCCCAUAUGAGGUUGGCGGAAAUUGCACAUUCCCUUCUGAAGCUGGCACCUUAUGACACCCAAACAAUGGAAAGCCGUGGGCUCCGACGAUAUAUCAUGGAGAUGCUGCCGAUCACUGAUUGGACUGCUGAAGCAGUGAGACCUGCUCUUAUCCUCAUCUUAAAGAGAUUGGAUCGUAUGUUUAAUAAAAUUCACAAGAUGCCUACCUUGAGGCGACAGGUUGAGUGGGAGCCUGCCAGCAAUUUGAUUGAAGGGGUUUGUUUGACACUUCAGAGGCAGCCAAUCAUAUCCUUCCUGCCUCACCUUAGGUCACUGAUCAAUGUCUGUGUCAAUCUGGUGAUGGGAGUAGUAGGACCUUCCAGUGUUGCUGAUGGAUUACCCCUUCUUCAUCUCAGCCCUUAUCUCUCACCACCUCUGCCCUUCAGCACAGCUGUUGUCCGGCUUGUAGCAUUGCAGAUACAGGCUUUAAAAGAAGAUUUCCCCUUAAGCCAUGUGAUCUCCCCAUUCACCAAUCAGGAAAGAAGGGAAGGGAUGCUUUUAAAUCUACUCAUCCCAUUUGUGCUCACAGUAGGAUCUGGAAGCAAAGAUAGCCCAUGGUUGGAGCAGCCUGAGGUCCUUCUGCUGCUCCAGACGGUCAUCAAUAUCCUCCUACCUCCUAGAAUCAUUAGUACAUCUCGCAGCAAGAACUUCAUGCUGGAGAGUUCCCCAGCCCACUGCUCCACCCCUGGAGAUGCUGGGAAGGAUUUGCGCAGAGAAGGUCUGGCUGAGUCCACCAGCCAGGCUGCAUAUUUAGCUCUGAAGGUGAUUCUUGUUUGCUUUGAGAGGCAACUUGGCAGUCAGUGGUAUUGGCUGAGUCUACAAGUCAAAGAGAUGGCAUUAAGAAAGGUGGGAGGGCUGGCCCUGUGGGACUUCCUCGACUUCAUCGUUCGAACUCGGAUUCCCAUCUUUGUUCUCCUAAGGCCCUUUAUUCAGUGUAAGCUUUUAGCUCAACCUGCUGAGAACCAUGAGGAGCUAUCUGCCAGACAACACAUUGCUGACCAGCUGGAGAGACGCUUCAUCCCUCGGCCUCUGUGCAAGAGCUCUCUCAUUACUGAAUUCAACAGUGAACUUAAGAUUCUAAAAGAGGCUGUGCACAGUGGGUCAGCCUACCAAGGGAAGACGUCCAUUAGCACAGUGGGCACCUCUACCUCUGCUUACCGCUUGAGCCUGGCCACCAUGUCGCGCUCCAACACUGGCACUGGCACUGUUUGGGAGCAGGACAGUGAACCUUCCCAGCAGGCUUCCCAGGAUACCCUGAGUCGGACUGAUGAGGAGGAUGAAGAAAAUGACUCGGUGAGCAUGCCCAGUGUGGUAAGUGAACAAGAAGCUUACCUCAUGAGUGCCAUUGGAAGGCGACGAUUCUCAAGUCAUGUCUCCAGCAUGUCUGCACCUCAGGCUGAGGUGGGCAUGUUGCCCAGUCAGAGUGAACCUAAUGUCCUCGAUGACUCCCAGUGCCUGGCCGCUGAGGGCAGCCUCUCUAGGGUGGCAAGCAUACAGAGUGAGCCUGGCCAACAGAACCUCCUUAUUCAGCAACCACUGGGAAGGAAGAGAGGCCUGAGGCAGCUAAGACGACCUCUUCUGUCUCGUCAAAAGACUCAGACUGAAACUCGAAGUCGUCAUGGAGCUCGGCUUUCAACUACUCGCCGAAGCAUACAACCUAAAACAAAGCCCACAGAUCAGAAACGAUCAGUGACCUUCACAGAAACUCAGCCUGAGACAGCACCUUCCCCAGCAGAUACCCUUCCUGCCACCACCCAGCAACAGUGUUGCAGCAAGAGCAGUCCUGGUCAAUCUGGUAAACCAGAAGUAGUGGAGAAACCAGUCCUCACAUCUUCCCCUGCCAUCAUAGUUGCUGAUCUCCAUGGCCAGAGUCCCUGCCAGAGUAAGGCCCAUUCAACUGAAGAGAAAGAAAAGGAAAAGGAAGAUGAUGCUGAAGCAGCACAAGGAGCUGUGGCACCUAGCCCCUCAUCCACCCAGCUUUCAGACACUGAAGACUUUGCAGGUCUGGAGACCACAAGCUUGCUACAGCCUGAUGACACUAUUCUUCAUAUCAGUGAGGAAAAUGGGAUGGAGAAUCCUCUACUAACAAGCCAGUUCAGUUUUACUCAUAUUGAACUGGGGGAGACAGAUAUUGACCUAGAUGAGUCUCACGUUUAA